AUAGAUUACCACUAAUAAAAACAUAGAAAAUGAGUACAUUUACACUACAAAAGCGUAAGAUUAUUUAGUACCAGAUUGUGAUGUUGCUUCAUUAAAUAAAUGUUUUAUGUCACAAAACACUAGAAUUAAUAUUUUUCUGAGAUAAAAAUAUUUUUUUACGAAUCUGUAAAGAAAAGUGUAUUAAUAGUUACAUUACAUAUAUAUAUAUUUUUUAUAUUAAGUAACUGAAAACUUUGUAGCUAUGACUGUUAGAUCAGUGGACAGUUUUUAAGGAAAGAUUUCAUUAAGCCUAAUUUGAUAAUGUGAAAGGUUUGGAUAAUUGUUUGCUGAACACAAGUGCAUUACUUAAAAAAAACACACACACAUUGGAAGUAUUCUAAAGGGAAAGGAAAGAGAAGAAAAUUGUUGAACUUUAUAACUGGUGGAGGUGUUAUUUGGUAUGAGAAUUUUGGAUGAUAUGCCAGGUGUGGAUGGCAUGGUGAACUCUGGGUACCAGUCCGAGAAUUCAGAUCGGGACAAAGACGAUGAUGGACUCUACAUCAUGACAAAAUGCUCCGUCAGUCACGCGCAGUCACAUACCAAGGGGACAUCGGACGUUGAUACAAGCCAGGAGAAAGAACUCCAGCACGCAAGCAAUAUGUCACUAUCGCAUUCUGUAUCAGGAUCUAGUCUCUCUAACAAGUCAACAGCUUCUACGUUGAAAGUGGAAAUAGCUGACAUUGAUAAUGAAGAGAGUAUAAAUCUGACCACGACCACACUGAGAAAAUGUAAGAGACAAGUGCUGCGGCCUUACUGGAGACUUCUCAUGUUUAUUGGUUGGCGGGGUUUUGGCCGAGAGUACAUUAACAGUGGAAGUCUUGGAUGGAAGUUUCUCAACACAGUUUAUCCCAUGUUUAUCAUCAUGAUGCUGUUUUAUACAUAUACAUAUGAGAUUAUAGCUUGUCAGUGGAAACUGAACGUGGAAAAAGAUACACAGACAGUUGUCACCACUACGGUCAAGCCUACCACACCACGAGUCAACUUGACAACACCAGAUUUUUUCCCAAUAUUCUCAAUGCGUCCAGCAGAAGUGGACACACCCCAGAAGAAUCUCAGCCAGUCACAGUCCAGUUACCCACUAGGAUGUGACCAUAUUGUAACUACCUACGUUGUGCCAAAUUUUCUACAUUUUGUAGCCUUUGUAAUGGGACUGAUACAUUUCAGGGUCCAAGAAAAUGAGCAGUUGUAUGCUCUAAUGGAAAGUGUAUUUUUACAAGCCAGUCCACUUCAUUCAAGAUCUGCAUCUCAACAAAAAAUGAUAAGAAACAUGAGAGCCUUUUUCCUGUUUGGUGCUCUGUGGAUAUUAUUGACAUUAGGAAUGCAAGGACUGUAUGAAUGGGCGUUUGAUUUUCCCAAACUUGCCUUCUUUGUGAGAACAGGAGCAAUGUUACACUGGUUCCUGUUUACCAUAGACUUGCUGGGAAUUCUAAUCAUUAAUUCAAUCUUUGUUGCCGUAGUAACCAACUACUAUACACAGUGCGAAAUGAUCCUGUUCUAUGUGAAGGGAGUUGCUUUCCGACUCCAGGAGAAAUCCAUAGAUCUUAAAGCUGCGAUGAAGAACAUACUGUCAGUGAGGCAGAAUUUGAGUGUACUUAAUGGACCAAUAGCUAGAAUGACUGCACUUGUGUCUGUGAUAUUUGCAGAGCUCACAAUUAUUGGUGUGAGUAUCCUGGUGUUGAACAAGAAUAACCAGUUUAAAGUGUGGAUGUAUAGAGCUCUAUAUCCUGUAGUCUGGUUCAUCAUAGCUGCCAUCCCUCUUAUGCAGGCUGCUAGGGUAAACUCGGUGUGUAACAGGUUUAAGAAGAUUGCGUUGGAGACACGCGUUUUUGGUUACAAGGGAUCAUCAUUGCUGGAGCUUGACUCUUUUCUCAACUUUGUGACUCAUGCUCGUCUCAGAGCCAAGUUGUUCCACAUACCGAUCCUGCCAUCGUACCUUAUAUCAGUGGUAGUCCUGUCAUUGUUUGUGAUUCUUAUCCUGCUACAGACAAACAUAAUUGGAACUGACCAUUUCUUCUAGACAAACUUUAAACUGAUCAUUUAGGUGUAAACAUUUCUUCUAAAGUGGUAGAAUCUGACCACUUCCAUAUUAGAUAUGGGAACUAUGUAUUAAUCGUGACAGAAUUGUAUCAUCGGAAAAAGAAAUGAAAUUUAAGAUAUUGUAGAAACAUACCAUUCCACACAACUGGUUAUAGAUCAGCUCGAAAAAAAAAGAAGUGCCCAGUAUUUCUGUACUAGUACACUACUUCAUUUUGGGCAUUUUUAGAGUGAAAAUGAACUGUUUGACUCAUAUUUGAGAUUACUUACAUUGUGCUAUGCAUUUUUGUUUUCCAUUUUCAUUUUGAAUUGAUACUAUGAACUAUACGAAAAUAUGUGAUAAUAAUGUUGGACAAAGCUGAGAAUGUGAAAAGAUAUGGUGUCAUGGUAGAACGACUGUAAAAAUGUUUCUCAUUGAAUAGUUAUAAAAGUAUUAGGGCUUGUUCUAUGAAAACAUUACUACAGAAUGUUUCUUUAAAUGGAUACUUUUGGAAGGGAAGUGAUUUUUAUGCCCCCGGCAUCUACUGAUGCAGGAGGCAUAUAGUGAAU